CACGGAGAAACCCCUGUUGAAGCAGAGGAGAGAUCCACGGCAUGUUAAAAGAUGGCUUUCAUUAAAGAGGAGUGUGAGGACGUGAGGAUCGAAGAAGCGUUUAGAGUCAAACGUGAAGAUACGGAGAAAAAAACAGCACUCUGCUUAACAAGCUGAUGCCGUGGAUCGGAUCGGAAAUAUUGGAGACAAAAGAAACUGUGCAGAGUGGUGAAAACCACUACCUUAUUGUGUACAGGAAAGAACGACCUGAUGACGCUGAAACAGGAGAAUCACAAGCUUAAUGAAAUGGAGCAGAAAUAUCGGUAUGAGAGACAUCAUGACCCUACGACUGAAGGAAUAACCCAAAAGACUGAAAACACCUCCUCACAAAAAAGAGGUCAGAAGAAAGUAACCAAAAGGUGUUUCUCCUGCCAGGAGUGUGAAAAGAGUUUUGAUCAAUUUGCAAAUCUUAAAGUCCACAUGAGGAUUCACACCGGAGAGAAACCGUUCACCUGCCGACAGUGCGGAAAGAGCUUCAAUGAAAAGGGAAACCUUAAUGUCCACACAAGAGUCCACACCGGAGAAAGACCUUUCACCUGCCAACAGUGUGGAAAAAGCUUCUCUCAAAGAGGAAACCUUAAAGUCCACAUGAAAAUUCACACCGGUGAGAGAUCUUUUACCUGCCAGCAGUGCGGGAAGUGUUUCACUGAAAAAGGAAACCUCAAGGUCCACACGAGGACGCACACCGGAGAGAGUUCUUUCGCCUGCCAACAGUGCGGAAAGAGUUUCGCUCAAAAAGGAAACCUUAAAAAGCACGUGAGGAUUCACACCGGAGAGAAGCCCUACACCUGCAAAAUAUGUGAGAAGGGCUUCACGCGUGAGCUAGGCCUUAGUUACCACAUGAACAGCCACACUGGAGAUAAACCGUUCAUGUGUGGUCAGUGUGGGAAGAGUUUCACGCGUAAAGUGAACCUAGAUACCCACAUCAGAAUCCACACCGGAGAGACGCCCUUCGUGUGCGGUCAGUGCGGAAAGAAGUUUCGAUGUAAAGAAAAUCUUAACCAGCACGCGAGGGUUCACUCGAGGGAGAACUGCCUUAAGAACCGCUUAACGACUCGCGGUGCAAAGACUCCUUUCAUGUGCCAUCGUUGCGGAAAGAGUUAUAUAAAUAAAAGAAGCCUUCGGGCGCACGUGAGGAUCCACACUAGGAAGAGGUCUUUCGCGGGCCUUAAAAUAUAUCGAAGAGGCCUGAAACAUCAUUCACAGAUUCACCCUGGAGGAAAACGUUUUAAUUGCAAACGGUCUCACUUACAGAUACGCUUAAAAAGCCACACGGAUGUGAGACUCUAUCUGUGUUCCUUGUGUGGGAAGCGUUUUAAAUGGCCUAGCGGUUUACUGUGGCACCGGAAAAUACGUGUCUGCGUAAAAUGAAGGGUACGCUCACAACACAGUUGAGCGUGGGCCAAAUCUAAUUUUCGACUUUUAAACGAGCGACGCCUCUACAACCAUCACCCCGUUUUCCAUCUCCAGUAUUUAUUUUCAUCGAACCACUUUUUGCGUCGCCAUUUUAAACUUCGAGGCGUCCUGUUUUCUCGUGUACACUUGAACUCAUGUGGUCACCAUCGCCUUUGGUAAACUUUCAGAGCCCGGGCGGCUGUGGUGGAUGAACUCUAGCUCCUUUUGUACAGAAGCAUCAAUCCAUUUCUCAUGUUGAUACUUUAGAAUCAAAAUAUGAAUUAAACGUGUUGUGAAAUGCUUAGUUUUGUUUUUAUUUGAUUAGCAAAGUACAUGAAGAAUAAUGCUAAAACACUGGGUGGAAAUGUCUUUAAAAAUCCAUUGUUUUAAUCCAUUUUUGUAGAGAUAUCAAAAUUACAAUUUCCACUUGAGAUUU